AUGAUAGAGGCAGCGUCUUCGUCGACAGCAGUGCAAGCAUUGAAGCGGAGGCAGUUCGCGAGGUGCCGUUCCAGCAACGCCUUGUUGGAACUGUGGCGCCAUGCACUAUUCCAAGGACUGCCCUUCCUCAAAAAUCGGUGUAAGGAAUACGGUCAGCCGGGCCACAAAGACGGGUAUUGCUCAAGCGCCAAAAAGGUGAAAUCUCCAGGCAAGCGGUACUCGUCCAAGCCGAUGGUAACCAGAAGCGUGCCGGUGAAGAACGUCCGGAAGCGUAGGAGAUUUGUGAAAGCAGAAGUCAACGGCAGGCAGAUCAGUCUCCAACUCGACACUGCGUCGGAUAUCAGCGUCAUUUCCGAGCAAUCAUGGCGGCAUAUCGGAAUACCCACAGCAAGUCCUGCAACAAUUCAAGCCGCUACUGCAUCGGGCAAACCCUUGAAGCUGGAGUUUCAGUGUUCCUGUGAAGUUGUAAACAAAGGGGAGAAGCAUCAAGGUCGAUUUUUCGUGGUCAAGCAGCAGCUCAAUCUGCUUGGACUGGACCUAAUCGAUACGUUUAACCUCGGGUCUGUGCCUAUGGAUCAGUUCUGCAAUCAAAUCAGCAGCUAUCCAACAUCGAUCAGCUCCCUCCAAGCAGCUUUUCCAGCGGUGUUCAAUGAUGAACCAGGGUUGUGCUCGAAGGCCAAGGUGAAGUUCACGUUGAGGGAAUGUAAAUCCCCAGUGUUCCGACCGAAGAGACCAGUGGCUUACGCCAUGUGCAGUACCGUCGAUGCGGAGUUGGAUCGGCUGGAACGUGCCAACAUCAUCACACUGGUCGAUUUCUCGGAGUGGGCAGCUCCAAUCGUCGUUGUUCGUAAGGCAAGUGGUGCAAUCCGUAUCUGCGGUGCCUACUCCACGGGCCUCAACGAUGCUCUGCAGCCGCAUCAGUACCCACUUCCUCUACCGCAGGACAUCUUCGCUAGGCUGGCGAACUGCAAGGUCUUCAAUCAAAUCGACCUUUCAGAUGCGUUCUUGAAGGUGGAGGUGGAUGAAAGCUGUCGAGAGUUGCUCACCAUCAACACACAUCGAGGUCUCUAUCGGUACAAUCGGCUUCCACCGGGAGUUAAGGCAGCACCCGGAGCGUUUCAGCAGCUUGUGGACACAAUGCUCGCUGGACUCAACUGCACUUCGGGGUAUCUCGAUGAUGUUCUAGUCGGCGGAGUCGACGAAGCAGACCAUUGGCGCAACCUUCAAGCCGUCCUUCGUCGAAUUCAGGAGUUCGGAUUCACCAUCAAAGCGGAAAAGUGCUCGUUUGGCCAGCGUCAAAUCAAGUAUCUGGGACACCUCAUCGACGGGCAAGGUCUGCGUCCGGAUCCAGCGAAAGUUGAAUCUAUCUGCAACAUGCCAGCGCCGACAGACGUUUCUGGAGUUCGAUCGUUUCUGGGAGCAAUCAAUUACUACGGGAAAUUCGUCCCGAGUAUGCGUACGUUGCUAUAUCCGCUGGAUGAGCUUCUCAAAGCCAACAAGAAGUUCGUUUGGUCAGUGGAAUGCGACAAGGCCUUCUCCACCUUCAAGCAGAUUCUCACUUCAGAUUUGCUUCUGACGCACUACAACCCGCAACGCGAGAUAGUGGUAGCAGCGGAUGCGUCAUCGGUUGGAGUUGGUGCGACUAUUAGCCACAAGUUUCCAGACGGGUCGAUUACGGUCGUGCAGCACGCUUCUAGAGCACUGACAGCCGCCGAGCAAGCCUACAGUCAGCCAGACCGUGAGGGGCUCGCGAUUAUCUUCGCUGUGACCAAGUUCCACAAGAUGCUGUUUGGUCGGAGCUUCACACUACAAACUGAUCAUGCUCCACUUCUUCGGAUCUUCGGGUCGAAAAAUGGCAUCCCAGUCUAUACGGUCAACCGGCUACAACGUUGGGCUUUACAGUUGCUGCUCUACGACUUCAACAUUGUUUACGUAAACACAACAAAAUUCGGAAACGCCGAUAUCCUGUCCCGGUUGAUCGAUCAAGACGUCAAACCAAAGGAAGACUUCGUCGUUUGCAACAUAAUCACGGAGAACGAUGUAAGAUCCAUUGCAUUAGAUGCAGUUAACGCACUUCCUAUCAGUUUCAGGGCAAUGCAGCACGCCACCCUGUUCGACCCUGUACUUAGCAAGGUCUACCGCUUCGUCCAGCAAGGUUGGCCACAGUUAAAAACGGCAAUUUCGGACCGUGAGAUCCAGUAA